UCAUACACUUUGGUAGUGUACCGUUGAGCUUUUGCCUCCCAGCAUUUACAAGUAUCUCUGCAGGCUGAAAUGGAUCGUUAUAGGAUGCCUUACAGGCCCCCGAAAAAGCGGACUUUUAACGCUAGAACAGAAAUCUGCAGGCAGUUUAUGAGUGGAUCAUGUCGAUAUGGUCAGAACUGUCACUAUCUGCAUCACUCUCCGCCAACUCAGAUAUGCUGGUACUUCCAAAAAGGUGACUGUUGGUUCGGAGACCGCUGCAGGUAUGUCCACAUCCCUGCUCCUGAUACUUCCGAGAGCAGGCGGGGUUCAGCACCUGCUGUUCUUUCUCCAGCCAGAGGUGAGCAGACGUUCCCUGCAAGACGUGGCUCAGAGCCUUGGGUAGUCGGCUCACAAAGACUCUAUGGCCAAGGCAGAAGAGGCUCCGAGCCACUGGUCACAAACACAGCAACAUUAGAAAGAAGCUUUGAACAUUUAACCACAAGAAUUGCAGAAGAGGAGGAUGGAUAUACGGAGACAACACCCCCACAUAAUCAGCAAGUCGACAGCAGUUAUUGUUCUGACGCUGUCCAUGCAAGCGCAGCAAACAGCCAACCGCUGGACCGGGGCAUAUCAGCAGCCAGCGUAGACGCACAGGAGCCUUCAGAUGGAGCCAACCAUGCUGGCGCUGCAGCCUUCACCCCCCGCCGCCCAGAGGAGCCGUCGGCCUACGAGCAGAGCAAAGACGUGGUGUGUGGCAUCUGCAUGGACAAGGUGUAUGAGAAGAGGGACGCCCAGAGCCGGCGCUUUGGCAUCCUGCCCAACUGCUGCCACGCUUUCUGCAUCGAAUGCAUCGUCACCUGGCGGAAGACAAAAGAAUUCCAGGAAGAGGUCAUAAAGGCCUGUCCGCAGUGCAGAGUGAAGUCUUCCUACUAUAUUCCUUACAGAUAUUGGGUUAAGAACGGCAAACCCAAAGAAGACCUAAUUGCAUCCUUCAAAGAAAGAAGCAGUAAAUUAAAAUGCAGGUUCUUCUCAAGAGAUGGCUGUUGUCCCUUUCAGUCUGAGUGCAUCUACCACCAUGAAGGUCCUGCUGGUCGCCCACGGAGACGCACGCCUCGCCGAACUGUGGAGGACUUUGAGGAUGGCUUUCAAAUUAUGGACUAUAUAAUUGCCCUUACAUUGGUUGGAGCCCACUACGACACCGAUGAUGACGAUGACGAAAGUAAUUAUUACUACUAUGACGAUGAUUUUCUGGACUCGCUGUUCUGGGAUACGGAUGACUUUGACCUUUGACUUCUGCCGGCCAGUCACUUAAGAUCAAGGAUGGUCUCAAUCCUGGUUCCCUGAUGACCGAGUUUAUCACAUGUUCAGUGGUGGGUCUGUAAUAGCUGGCGCGUAUACUUUUCAUGCAGACCACUGUAGCAUGUUUGCCUGCAUGGGCUCAGUGGAAGGUGCAUGUGGGAAUGCUAACACCUUGGUUGAGCUAAGGACUGUCUUUGCAAAACCUCAUUUCCCUGGGGUGAAGCCUUAAUUGUUGGGCAAUUGUUAACCAACUUUUGUUUACCAGUGUUUACCAGAGUGGUUGAAAUGAAGGAGAAAAAAAAAAAACAAUAAGCUGUAACGGAACUGUAAGGGUAAUGUUUAAUGUUGUAUCCUUAGGUAAAGUUCUCUUUAGAAACAGACCAUUACUCAACCUGAUGUUUCUAUAGUAACAUGUGCCUGUGUUAGGUCCAUAAUAUCUCGUCAGCGUUUCCUGCUUCUUAUCCACCUUUUUGUUGAUGUGAUCUAACUGACUUUUUGCACCCUUCAACCUGACACUUUUUUUAAAGAGUGGUGUAUAUGUAAUUAUUAGUUUUAUGUGUGUCUGAUUGUCUGUCCUAUACCAGACCUUCUCCUCAAGCUGGGGUCACUAUAUGUGGAAAUUAACAGGCUUUUGUCUUUGCUAGCAGUGUUGAUUUGGAGUAAUGGGAGAGGAAAAGUUUUAUGAAUUUUUUUUUUUACUGCAGGUUUGUAUCCACUGAAAGAAAAUUAAUAAAUUUCACAAUUUGCACAAA